AUGCCCGGCGGUAAGAGAGGACUGGUGGCUCCACAGAACACUUUUCUCGAGAACAUCGUCCGUCGCUCCAUCGAGACAAGUUUUCUGCUGGGGAACGCUCAGAUCGUGGAGUGGCCGGUGGUUUACAGUAAUGACGGCUUCUGCAAACUCUCAGGGUACCACAGAGCCGAGGUCAUGCAGAAGAGCAGCACAUGCAGUUUUAUGUAUGGUGAGCUGACGGAUAAAAAGACCAUAGAGAAAGUGAGACAGACCUUUGAUAACUAUGAAUCCAACUGCUUUGAAGUGCUGCUUUACAAAAAGAAUAGAAUGCCGGUGUGGUUCUACAUGCAGGUUGCACCAAUCAGGAACGAGAAUGAUAAGGUGGUCCUGUUCCUGUGCACUUUUAAAGAUAUCACUGUGUUUAAACAGCCCAUCGAGGAUGAAAGCACUAAAGGUUGGACCAAGUUUGCGAGGCUCACCCGGGCACUGACAAACAGCAGAACCAUCCAGCAGCUGGCACCUCUGAGCAAACCUGAUGUCAGUUCCCACAAGCCCUCUCGACUAGCAGAGGUACUUCAGCUUAGCUCGGACAUCCUGCCCCAGUACAAGCAAGAAGCUCCCAAGACUCCUCCUCACAUCAUCCUUCACUACUGCACCUUCAAAACCACGUGGGACUGGGUGAUCCUCAUCCUCACCUUCUACACAGCCAUCAUGGUGCCCUACAAUGUCUCGUUUAAGACCAAGCAAAACAACGUUACGUGGCUGGUGCUGGACAGCGUGGUGGACGUCAUCUUCCUGGUGGACAUCGUGCUCAACUUUCACACCACGUUCGUCGGACCUGGAGGAGAGGUCAUCUCCGACCCCAAACUGAUUCGGAUGAACUAUUUGAAGACUUGGUUUGUGAUCGACCUGCUUUCCUGCCUGCCUUAUGACAUCAUCAAUGCUUUUGAGAAUGUGGACGAGGGCAUCAGUAGUUUAUUCAGUUCUUUGAAGGUGGUGCGACUGCUGCGCUUGGGCCGAGUAGCAAGAAAACUGGACCAUUAUCUGGAAUAUGGUGCAGCCGUACUGGUGCUGCUGGUGUGUGUGUUUGGACUGGUGGCUCACUGGCUGGCCUGUAUCUGGUACAGUAUUGGAGACUAUGAGGUCAUCGACAAGCUCACCAACAACAUCAAGACCGACAGCUGGCUCUACCAGUUAGCUACCACUAUUGGCUCACCGUACCGCUACAACACAAGUGGCACUGGCCAGUGGGAGGGUGGCCCUGGGAAACACACCCUCUACAUUACCUCCCUGUAUUUCACCAUGACCAGUCUGACUACCAUUGGAUUUGGGAACAUCGCACCCACUACUGACGGAGAGAAGAUCUUCUCAGUGGCCAUGAUGAUGGUAGGAUCUCUUCUGUAUGCCACCAUCUUUGGAAAUGUGACCACCAUCUUCCAACAGAUGUAUGCCAACACCAACCGCUAUCACGAGAUGCUGAACAAUGUGAGGGACUUCCUGAAGCUCUACCAGGUUCCCAAGGGUCUGAGUGAGAGAGUGAUGGACUAUAUCGUCUCCACUUGGUCCAUGACCAAAGGCAUUGACACUGAGAAGGUGCUGUCCAUCUGUCCUAAGGACAUGCGAGCGGACAUCUGUGUUCACCUGAACAGAAAGGUCUUUAACGAGCACCCUGCGUUCAGGUUAGCCAGCGACGGCUGCUUACGCUCCUUGGCCGUUGAAUUUCAGACCAUCCAUUCGGCUCCCGGUGAUCUCAUAUUUCACUCUGGGGAGAGCGUCGACACCCUCUGCUUCGUCGUGUCCGGGUCACUCGAGGUCAUUCAGGAUGAUGAGGUCAUCGCAAUUCUUGGUAAAGGUGACGUGUUCGGUGACGUGUUCUGGAAGGAGACGACGUUAGCUCAUGCGUGCGCUAACGUCAGAGCGCUAACCUAUUGUGAUCUACACAUCAUUCGGAGAGAGGCUCUGCUCAAAGUUCUCGAUUUCUACACGGCCUUCGCCAACUCCUUUUCUCGAAAUCUGGUCCUCACCUGCAACCUGCGCAAAAGGAUCAUUUUCCGUAAGAUCAGUGAUGUAAAGAAGGAGGAAGAGGAGCGUGAGCGCUCAAAGAACGAGGUGCCACUGACCAUCCCUGUGGAUCACCCGGUCCGAAAACUCCUCCAGAAAUUCAAGCAGCAGAAGGAGCUACGCAACCAAGAGGCCUCAGCACAGCUUGACCUGGAGAAAAACCACACACUUGGAUUCCAACAGCGCCAUCACACUCAUCUACAACACACACAUCCAUCCAUCCAGAUCCCACAAAACACACUUCAAGCGGUGCAGAACGGAACAGCAAGCAUGGGUUCCUGCAGCAGUGUGGUCACCAUCUCACAGAUCACCCCAAUCCAGAACUUCUCCAAACCUAAUGAUCCGCGGAAACAAAACAACUGUGACGUCAUGGAACUUAAACCUGCUGGGGAUCAAACCCCAAGCACUGCACGCUUAAAAUUAAGCAACACAGCACAGGCCACAGUGUCUGGAACCGGACGCAGCUGGAUGAGGCUGAAAAACAAUAUGACUUCCCCAGGUUCACCUAAUAGGGACAGAAAGGAAGGACUGAACAAUGUGAUCAAAGCUGCGUCCAUGGAACGCCUCUCACCUGAGGUCAAGGUCCACAUUGAAGAAGUCGUCGACAUUGGCGAGUCAGGAAAGAGCUCACUUCGUAAAACAGACUCCUGGGAUAGCGGCUUGACCCAAAGUGAUCAGAGGCUGGACCAUGUUGAGGAGGUACCGAGUCCUGAACCAAGUAGUAGCUGUUGUGAAGACGGACUACCGAGGCAUCUAUUUUCCAACCAUGAACUUUUAUUUCAGGCCACACUUCAUGAGGCAAGGCAAGAACUACGGGGUGAGAUCCAGGCUUUAGGUACCAGGAUGGCUGUUUUAGAGGAACAAGUAGGUCAGAUCCUUAGAUUGUUAUCAGAGAAGAACGAUCCACUAGAUCAGACCCUCACUCCUCAAAUUCACAGAUCUAAAUCCAGUGACUUCUACACACUCUCUACACCAGGUAGUCCUGAUUCAAGUAAUAAUGAAGGUUUG